UUUUGAGUUUUUACUGAAAAUCACUAUCAGAUGGCCACGGUCAGAGAGAAAACGGACAACGAAUCGCUCGAGUGGUCCCCGGAAGAUGAAAUCCAACUGUUCUUCGCAAUGGACGGUCUCCGGCCGGUUGGCAUUAACCGGCACUUUUUCAUCGCUUGCGUCGUGGAGCGGCUCUCGAAAGCACUAAAUCGGGAGGUUAGCAGCGAAUCCGUGUGGUCUCAUCUCGGGACGAUGUACAACCUGCAGGCCCUGGACGAGCAGGAUCCGCUUCCGUUCCCUAACGAGGAGACCGAUUUCAGUCUGCCGGAGACGGAGUAUCCGCUGGACAAGAAGCGGAAAUCGAUCGAAGAGCAACAACAACCGACGGAUGAAGCAAAGAAGGUGGAAGUGAAGCCGGAUGCGGCUGUUAAAGUUACAGCUAAAGAAAAAGAACCGGCGGACAAGGAAAAGGACAAACCAGUCGAAAAGGAGAAGGAAGUCAAGCAGAAUAAACCAGCGCCGGUGGACAAUACGCCUAAGCGACCGCCGAAGCGUACCCGUGGAUCUUUAUCGCUGGAGCCGAACGCAUCUAGUCCGGCAAGUACGCCACCGAAUGUACAGAGCACCAAGCGGCGACGGAUUUAGGAUUAAGUUUGUAUUACAUUAGCAUU